AUGUCACCCUCAGAGAUCUCAACGUAUCUGAAGCAAACGCACGACCGCGUCUUCGAGCACAAUCGCGCCUGGGCUGAGGAGCAAAGGCAAAAGGAUCCUGAGUUCUUCACCAAGCUCUCGGCGGGACAAACCCCAGAGUACCUUUGGAUCGGAUGUAGCGAUUCGCGCAUCCCCGCCGAGCAGAUCACGGGUCUAAAGCCGGGCGAGGCAUUCGUUCAUCGAAACAUUGCUAAUCUAGUCGUCAACAAUGACCUCAAUGUCAUGAGCGUUAUCAACUAUGCUGUCCGGCACCUGCAGGUCAAGCAUAUCGUCGUGUGCGGACAUUACGGCUGCGGUGGUGUCAAGGCUGCCAUGACACCCAAGGACCUUGGACUGCUCAACCCUUGGCUUAGGAACAUCCGUGACGUUUAUCGCCUGCACGAGAAAGAAUUGGAUGGGAUUGAGGGCGAAGCAGCUCUGUACGAUCGCCUGGUAGAGCUCAGCGUCGUCGAGCAGUGUCGCAACGUCAUCAAGACAGCUGCCGUGCAGCAGUCCUAUGCCAAGAACCAGUUUCCCGUAGUCCACGGAUGGGUUUUUGGCUUCGAGGAUGGUCUGCUCAAAGAUCUCAAGGUGGAUCAUGAAAGCAUGUUACAUGGAAUCCAGAAGAUCUACAACCUUACGGAGUGA